CCGCUCGUGGUCGAGCGGGGCAAGUGCGCGUUGGCGCGCACACGCGCGCGCCGGAGAGUGGGGGGUGGUCAGGUUUGCGCCGAUUCCGCGAGGAGGGAGAGCCGCGCAGGCGCGCUCGUGCGGAGCCGUCGAGGCGCUGGGUAGUGGGGAGGCAACGGCAGGCAUUUGGAAGACUUCUUGAUCCUUUCGCCAUGAAUAUAACCAAAGGUGGCCUUGUGCUGUUCAGUGCCAAUUCAAAUACAGCCUACACAGAGUUGGCCAGGAAGAUUUCAGAGCGACUUGGCGUAGAACCUGGUAAAGUUCAAGUCUACCAAGAAGCUAACAGAGAAACAAGAGUACAAAUUCAAGAAUCUGUCAGAGGAAAAGAUGUAUUUAUUAUUCAGACUGUUUCAAAGGAUGUUAACACCACCAUUAUGGAGCUCCUUAUUAUGAUCUAUGCCUCUAAGACCUCUUGUGCCAAGAACAUCAUUGGUGUAAUCCCUUACUUUCCAUACAGCAAGCAAUGUAAGAUGAGGAAACGAGGUUCUAUUGUGUCCAAACUUCUGGCAUCAAUGAUGUGUAAAGCUGGCUUGACUCACCUGAUUACAAUGGAUUUGCAUCAGAAAGAAAUCCAGGGAUUUUUCAAUAUUCCAGUUGAUAAUCUGCGAGCGUCCCCAUUCCUGUUACAAUACAUUCAGGAAGAGAUCCCUGACUACAGGAAUGCAGUGAUUGUUGCAAAGUCGCCAGCAUCUGCCAAAAGAGCUCAGUCUUUUGCUGAGCGGUUGCGUCUGGGGAUCGCAGUGAUACAUGGUGAAGUGCAAGAUGCAGAAUCGGAUUUGGUGGAUGGCCGGCAUUCACCGCCAACAGUGAAAAAUGCAGCAGCCAUACAUCCCAGCCUGGAGAUUCCCAUGUCAAUUCCAAAGGAAAAGCCCCCAAUCACAGUUGUUGGAGAUGUAGGAGGAAGAAUAGCUAUUAUUGUGGAUGACAUAAUUGAUGACGUUGACAGCUUUUUAGCAGCUGCCGAUACAUUGAAGGAAAGGGGAGCUUACAAAAUCUAUGUGAUGGCAACCCAUGGUCUUUUGUCUUCAGAUGCACCUAGGUUAAUAGAAGAAUCAUCAAUUGAUGAGGUGGUAGUAACCAAUACAAUCCCACAUGAAAUACAAAAACUUCAGUGCCAUAAAAUAAAGACCGUUGAUAUCAGCAUGAUCUUGUCUGAGGCUAUUCGAAGGAUCCACAAUGGUGAAUCAAUGUCUUAUCUAUUCCGAAAUAUUGGUAUGGAUGAUUGAAAUCAUGUUCCCUAAGGGCAACUUGGUGUCCUUUUACUUGCUGGAAAAGUAUCAUGAUUCACUGGUACAAAAUCUUAAUUUUCUACCAAAAAAGGUCAACUUUGUAAAGUGAAUUUUUAGGAAAUUAAGCUGAACAUAGAGACUACUUAGCAAAGAAAUACUGAAAUACAUUGUUUUGUAAAUGCUAAGUAUGAUCAAAUUCUCUCAUUGUUUUAGUUGUUUUUGUGUUUAGGAGUAUUGUAUUAUGAUUUUCAUAUCAGUCUUAAAUUUUCUCUUGAAGAUAAUCCUCUCCAAGCUAACAUGGCAGCUCAGUAAAGAAUAUCAAACAAAAGCAUCUGAAAUGGCCAACCUGAAUUGUGCUGAUUUCCUACUAUGCUUUAGUGUCUACACUUGAAAGUUCUUUGGCUUUAAAGCGCUUUGGAAUAUCUUGAGAUAUUCAAAGAUGUUAUAUGAAUGAAUGCAAGUUCUUUCUAAUGUUUAAAAGCUGAAUUUAAGUUAACAUAUCACUGUUACAAAGUGAAGUAGUUGAAUAAUUUGAAUCAUUUGGUAUUUAUUUUCUGUACAAGGAAUAAAAUUGGAAUGUUCCAUGUGGCUUUUACCCCAUUUUUAAAAUCUAAUUUAAAGGCUAUUUUAAUAAAACAUUCCCCUAAGAUUGUUCAUUUGUAAUUCCCAUUGUGUUUUUUGUGAAGGAGCAUUAUCCUUCUGCCACUAAUUAUUCAGGCUUGGACAGCAUCAGUAUCAGAUCCCAUGAUCAUUUGGUUACCAUACAUUGUAAAUAUGUUGAAUAGUAACCACUGAGAAACAGACUUGUAAUUUCAGUUUCCCUUGCAUAGUCCAAGAACACUGAGAAAGAUCAUAAUGUGUUAUUCAUACUAAUGUGAUCAAACUGCAUGCUUAUUGAUUGGCAUUGUAAAAAUCCACAACAUCUCUGGGCAUUACUUGGUAACUUUGAAAGCUCUUUCAUUUUUGUUCUAACAGAAGUUUUGCUAAUGGAAAAACAAAAAAAAAGGAAAUUCAAACUGGAGUUGGUGAAGAAGCCAAUGCAAGUGAUACAUAGAUCAGGCAGCAUCAGUGGUGUACAUUAGAACUUCUCAGUAUGUAAGAUCUGUAAAGUCAUCAAAUAAGAACAACUUGGGUUGUGAUUGAGAUCUGAGAAGACUUCUGUGUGUGUGUGUGUGUGUGUGUUCAAAUAAUAGAAAUCCUUGUGUGUAGGCUUCGCCAAGCCUGAAGGAUAGAGAGCAACCAUUUUGUUACCAGUUGAGGUGACAUCAUCACUGCACAACUGAGUGUUGCUUCUGCGGAGUGCUCCACGUACUGAGAAGAGCAAAAGAGGGUCAUAUCUUCUUACAGCUAGACACUGUCUUCUGUUGCUCAUCUCAGUACUUGAACAGCAAGAAGGACACAGGUUCGUUUGGGAAACUACAAAUCCUGACAGAAGCACAAAACAAGAAAUCAAGAGAAUUCUUGGAAGCUUGUUUCUCAGUGGAAGACUUAGCAAGCCAAUCUUGAUUGGUCAGGGCAUGAAGGGAUACAAGGAGAAGACAAAAGAUUGGGACUGAGAGGAAAAUUGUAUCAGCCAUAAUAAAACAGUGGAGCAAACUGGAUGGCCUGAAUAGCCUAAUUCUGCUCCUGUAUCUUAAGGUCUUGCAUUGAACAGGACGCAAUUUACAAACCUACGAAUCUGCGGGAUCGGGCCUAAGGGUGAGCCACAGAAACCCGGGGAACCAAUGCUCACAAGGACUGAUAUCCAGGGCUACAGACCAGUUGGAGAUCACUCAGCUAUCUGGUUGUCUGGGACCCAACAGAGACUAGCGACCAGCUCAACAGCCAACUAAUCAGAACAAUGAAUUGGACCAAUAUAAGUGAAAGCACUCAGCAGAAACAGCACACAAUUGCGCACUGAUGAUGUCACCUAAACUGGUGAUUAAAAUGUUUGCAACUUAACCUCCAGGCUUGCCAAACCCUACAAACAAGAAACUACCCCAAGCUACCAAUUUUCUCUUUCUUUUUAAUUGAAAGUCCUAAUUCACAUCUUAUCUUGGGAGCAAAGGCAAUAAUAGCAUGUGUUUGAUUAUUUUUGAUAUUGGAUUACUGUUUUUUUUUGCUUCAUGACAGCUCUAUGAUUAAUUGGCCAACCUUCUCUGAAUGUAAGAUGACAAGGUAACUUACAGAUUUAUUAGUCACACUGAUCUACCCUUCUCUGUGAGGAUGCAAUCAAGGGUGGCAAAAUAAGAAAAGUAGUUUGUUACAGUUGUGAUUUGAGCUGGACAGCUUUGAUGAAUGGUUACCAGUGAAAUUCCAUGUCCAUCCAUUGCAAUUAAUUAUUGAAGAAGAUGCUGAAUAUAUUGUUAGCAUUUAAAGAAUACACCCAGUAACCACUUUAUUGGGUACCUCCUAUGCCUAAUAAAGUGGCCACUUUAUUAUGUUUGUGGUCUUCUACUGCUGCAGCCCAUCUGCUUCAAGGUUCAAUGUGUUGUGCAUUUAAAGAUGCUCUUCUGCACGCCACUGUUUAAACGUGGUUAUUUGAGUUACUGACACCCUUGAACCAGUCUGGCCAUUCUCCUCUGACCUCUCUCAUUUUUGCCCACAAAACUGCUGCUCACCGGAUGCUUUUUGCGCCAUUCUCUGUAAAUUACAGAUUGUUGUGUGUGAAAGUCCAGAUAAUUUUCUGAGAUACUCAAACCACCCUGUCAAGCACCAACAAUCAUUCUACAGUCAAAGUCAUUUAGGUCACAUUUCUUCCCCAUUCUGAUAUUUGGUCUAAACAACAACUGAAUCUCUUGACCAUGCCUGUAUGCUUUAAUGCAUUGAGCUGCUGCCACAUGAUUGGCUGAUUAGAUAUUAGCAUUAUUGAGCGGGUGUUCUAAAUAAAGUGGCCACUGACUGUAUUUUGGUCAUGGUGGCAUGUUUUUGACGAUCAUAUGUUGGGAAGGAACUUCUAUAUGCACUGUGAUUCAAGCUGUAACUCCUGCUGUCAUUCAUGGUGUACAAAAUGCCUUUGAUUUGCCUGAGCCUCAGGGUACAGUAAUGCCUUAACAUUCUAUAUGUAACCUUGUAGAAUGAAAAAUAAGUUUUAAAAUUUUCGCAACUUUAAAGGAGUAAUCAUUAGUAAAGCUACAACAAAAGGAUGUUCGUGUUUUUCUGCAAUGUAGUCUGAUUGUUUAGUGACAGCUUGCAGGCCAAGUUUAAAACUCAACUUCAAAUUCAGUGGACUGUCCAAUAGUACCAGAGGGGAUUGUUUCAUCCUCACCCUUGCCUUCCCUGAAUCAGCCAUCCAUCCCAAAUUCAUAAAUAGUUAUGGAGGUUGUAUUCAUUGUGUGAUUUUUAGCCUAAGCCUCAGUACAGAAAAGAAUUGGUACUUCACGAGAAGAUACUAGGUACUGUGGAUCCUCUGCUGGUUUGAUAGUGAGCCAAUGUUUGUGUGCUGCAUUGGGGCACCAUUUACUAAUUAAAUCAGACAAAGCAGGAUGUUAAUGCCUCAUGUUUAAUUAAAGACAUGCUUACUCUAAAGUUUAGCAUUUUAUUUUAUCCUUGCCUAUACUUGAUUGAGAGAUUGAGCAACUGAAAUCUAUUGGUACAAAUCUACAUUUCACUCUUCAUUGGACAUCUCGGUGUCAAGUAGCAACUGGAGCCUGACGUGUAGAUGCUAACAAAAAAAACACAGCUUUUGAGUGGUAUUAGCAUAUUAAUUGAUGUAAUUUGCAUAUAUUAAUUAAAUUCAUAUAAAUGCUUAACUUUACAUUUAUGAGGAGCCUAGUUACAGCUUUCUAUACAGUUAUGUAUUUAACUAAUAGCUUGGAUUUUUUUGUUUUAAAUGGAAAAACCCUGUCUAAAUGCCAUUGUAUAAAGCACAAGUUUACAUAAUAUGACACAGAAGCAGAAUUAGGCCAUUCAGCUUCUCAAGUCUGCUCCGCUGUUUGAUCAUGGCUGAUUUAUUUUUCCUUUCAAUUCCAUUCUCUUGCCUUCUCCUGUAACCUUUCUAGCCCUUGCCAAUUAAGAUCUUAUCAGCCUCCAGUUUAAAAAAAAUACUUACAAGGUGGACAAGGUGAUGGGCAAGCAGAAGGUCAUUAUGACCUCAAGCUCGUACCACCAAUAAUGUCAUAUUUGAUUUAUGACCUAAUUCCAGAUUAUCACAAGAUAUGAGGAAAAUAAUAUCUUUUGGCUAGCAACUUUGCAAACUUGGGUUUAAAAUUACAAUGGACCCAAUAUCCAUAAUAGUCUGUGGAGUUCCAAAUUGUCAUCACCCUGUUCAUGUGGACUGCAUGCACUUAUACGUGUGUUGGACAUUCCAGUUGAUGAAACUAAUUUUGUCUCUUCUAUCACUUCACUAUAGCCCUCAAUCUAAUCAGAAUCGUUCAAAUUCCAUGGAGUGCUACCCUAGUUUCCACAAUCUACAUUUCAAUUUAUUAGGAUUUAACUGUUAACUUUCGUUUGGAAAGAAAGAUGCUGUUUAGACCGUAGUAAGGAUGGAUGUUCAAAAUUCUAAGAAAAUUUCUUAUCAAAAUACGUAAAUGUCACCAUAUAUAACCUUGAGAUUCAUUUUCUUGUGGGCAUUCACAGUAGAUACAAAGGAAUAUAGUGAAAUUAAUGAAAACCUACACAAACAGAUUGGGCAAACAGCAAAUGUGCAAAAGAAAAUAAACUGCAAGUGCAAACUUAAUAACAAGUAAUAAGUAAUAUUGAGGACAUGAGUUAUAGAGACCUUGAAAGUGUGGAGUCAGUUCAGUGUUGAGGUGAGUGAAGUUAUCCGUUCUAGUUAAGGAGCCUGAUGGUUAAGGGAUAAUAACUGCUCCUGAACUUUGGUGUGGGACCUAGGGCUCCUGUACCACCUUCCCGAUGGCAGCUAGAACAUGAGAACCCCCACAACAGGAAUGGGGUGGUUCCUGGAUGCUGCUUUCUUGUGUGAUUUGUAUUACAGAGAGAUUUUAUCAGAGGUAAGUUACUGUGCAUCAAACCUCAUCACAUUAUAUGCGACAGUAUCAAAUGUUGUUGCGAAAACGCAGGUGUACUAGAAAGAAAAACAAAGGAUUCACUUAAGGUAUACUCAUUUACUGAAUGACUCUUACUAACUUCUGCUGUCAUUUAAAGCUGAGAAGUCCUAGAAUGUUCUACCAUUCUCCAGAGUUAACUUUAGGAUGGAAGACAUGAAAUUUGAAAUCAAAGAUGUGUUCUUUCAGUGAGUAGAAACAUCCAUAUUUUUAAAAAAAAAUUCUCUUGUGGCUGUCAAAGGUUGAGAGGUUACACACAAUUUCUGGAAGUUUGGAAUUCUUGUCCCAUUGUUAAUGAGGUAACAGCACCAUCAUUUGUAGAACUUAACAUUAGCGGUUAUGGUUCCAAAUUACAAGGAUACGUUUGUGAUAAGUAUCUCAUUUGUCUUGGACCACCUUGUCUCAGAACCAUGAUCUUGCUGUACGUCUGUCUAUGUGGUGUCUUGUGCCAUGUCAACUGAAAGUUAAAGAAUUUGCACAUACAGCUUCUAUCUCUCGACUGGAGUGGAAUCAGAGUCAUCCUCGAAUCUGAGGGACUACCCAAAAAAAGUCUUAAUAACAAAAUUCAAGAACCUGACAAGAAAGGUAGUGCCUUAUGGAAAUUGCUGGCCAUGGAAGAAACUAGGAACUUUCAUCCAGCUACAUCCUUAAGUUUAAACAAAAGGCUUAACCCUCUGCUUUGACUUCAAGAUAUUCUCAAGAAGAAUUAACUUCAAUGAAAAUUUCUGCCUUUCAAGUGGAACUUUCACUUGAACGAGAAAGUGUGCGUGCCGUUCUCUCUCAUCUUGAUCAGUGCCAUGAGGGUUUGGUUAACCAGUGGUUAACCCACUGGUCUAGUUUCCAGAGUCAAAGGCUAAGGAAAUACAUUUUAAUUAAAUUGUACUUUAAAUUUUGUAACUUUAUACGUAAUGCAAAUUAAUAAAAUUGUCAUUUAUAUCAAAAUCAAAAUGUUGCUUUAGCUGGUAGUUCGAGUUUAAGCCUCUGACUUAUAAAGCGAGGAAUACCGACUACUUUGGCCUUUCAGUUUUGUAACAUUUGUUCUUGCAUUUACUUUCUGCUGCUUAUCAGGUUUCUUGCCUGAUAAUGAGUUUUAUUUUAAAAUCUGUGCAGACUGUUUCUUCAUGUAAGGUUCAAAAUGUAUAGGUCGCUUGUUCUUAAGAGACAUAUUGGUGCACAUAGAGUUCAUUAAUAUUGAAAAGAAUAUUAAAUCCAAUAAUUAUUGCAGUGUUUUAAAACUGGAAGAAUUAUUUUCCAGUUUGCCUUGGAGGAGAUUACCUUAAUAUUAGGUGUUAGUCACUGAGAAGAUGUUUUAUUUGUAAAUUAGUUUUCCCUUGAAAUACUUGGUCUUUUUUUCAGUCUGUAUCAUGAGUAGCAAGUUUGUUUAAUUUAUUUGUGU